AUGGCAAAGCGCAGGAUCGAGUCUCCUUCUGCGCCUCCCGAAACCAAGCGACCGAGAGUAUGCGAGGAGAGACAGUACGACACAAUCUACGAACCACUCCCAGCGGGCGAAUUCAUACGCGUGCUGAAACUCCAACCCGGCGACAACAACCAAGACAUCGACUGCAGCCUUGAGAUUGUCGACAUAGAACAGUCUAAGGGCUCAUAUGAAGCGAUAUCGUACGUUUGGGGCGACCCCAACGACACUGUCGACGUGCAGUGUAAUGGACAGCGGGUGCCGAUCACCGUCAGCCUCUCAGAUGCUCUUCGAAAUUUUCGGCACACAUCAGAACCUCGAGUGCUAUGGGCGGAUGCCCUGUGUAUCAACCAGGAAGACAAGAAGGAGAAAGGACAUCAAGUCAAGAGAAUGGGCGAGGUGUAUGCGAACGCAAAACGUACGCUUGUCUGGCUUGGUUGCGAUGAUCAAAAUAUUGCUAAAGAUGCAUUUGCCCUCAUCCUCGAGGCGAAUGCAUAUUUUGCGGACUUAUUCUUGAAAGCAGGCCGAAGCGUCUACAACAUGGAACCCUUCACAAAACCGUACCCUAUUUGUAUGGACGAAGGAACAUGGUUAGGGGUCGCAAAAGUCUUCCGCUUUCCCUGGUUCGGACGGGUAUGGACUGUUCAGGAAGCCGCCAUUGCCGAGAAAUGCUGCAUGUUUUGGGGCUCAGUCAGCAUCGACAUUGCUGAUGUGUUGGAAUUAUCAAUCUGGAUAGAGACAAAGCCAGACUUCCAGGAUGUCCUGCGGGGUAUCGUUGAGCAAUUCCCGACUUUUCCUUCAAAACGCAUAGCCCUUUAUUUCUAUUACAAUAUCCAUCAGCCGGAACGAUGGCAGCAAUCCCGCAGCGGAUUGGCUUACUUAGCCACCACUUUCUUCAAAGAGAAGCCCUUUUGGGCGCUCCUUAUGGAAGCCCGGCCCCUGGAAGCAAGCGAUCCCAGAGACCAUGUUUACGCAUUCUUGGGCUGUUCAGCCGCGAUUACCAGUGCAGGCCGCACGUUCGUGGAGGCAGACUACACUCCUUCGAUAGACGACCUCAAUCUUCGUCUCACCUAUGCACUGAUGGAGGAAUCCGCAGAAGCGCCGUUCAUUUUUUCGGCUGUCACUCACAACAGUAGAGAAAGACUUAUGGGCGACAUGCAUCCUUCUUGGCUACCAGUAUGGCAUGUUGCUGGGGAAUAUCGCCCGAAAAUAGCGGAGCCGACCUAUUGGUUUCAAGCGGGAGGCGCCACAGAACUCUUCACAGCCACCCAGUAUGGCGAGAAUGGAUUGAGCAUUAUCCGUGUGGCGAGACCGGGUGACCAGGAGGCUGUGAUGGAAGUACAAGAGAGAAAAGACGCAAUAUGGGUCCGAAGGGCUUUUUAUGAUCUCGGCAACGCGAGUGUGUUUCUGACUAGAGAUGGGCGUAUCGGAUUAGCUCCACUAGGCGACUUGGUCGAAGUCGGCGACGUGUGCUGUGUCAUCUUCGGGGCAACCGUCCCUUUCCUCCUCACACCAGCGGAAGAAGGCCGGCACAAGCUCGUAAGCGAUUGUUACAUCCAUGGUGUAAUGAACGGCGAGAUCAUGGAACAAUUCGGCGAGAGCGACCUCAGCAAGCAUCGUAUCGUCCUCGAAUAG